GUUGGGAGGGCGGCGAGAGGAAUGACGUGUGGAGCAGCAGGAGCAGCGUGGUGGCUGCGAGGGGAGUCAGCGAGGAGGGUGAACAGGUUGUAGAGUCAGUCGCAUGUGUGGCGGUGUCGGGGCGGGGUGUACACGCCCUCCUCCUCCCUUCUCUCUCACUCGCUCCUCUUACGAAAGGCGUUAACCCACGUUAGAGACAAAUCUAAAUAUUUUUAUCGAGGAGUCAAACAGGUCUUUUUUGUGUUAAAACAUGAGAGGAAAUAUACAAAAAAUGAGAUAGUGAUAUGAAAGGUUUUACUUAGUUCAGUUUUGUGUUGGUCGCAGAUAACGGAUGUGUUAUAAUGCGAGAAUAAUGGUGGAAAUGUAAAGGAAAAAAUUAUAUACAAUUUUGUAGUGGUGCUGUGAAGUGAAGUGCAACUGUGGUCAUGGCUCUAGUCACAAUGGUAGUAUCGGCGCUGAUCCUGACACAGCCGGGGGUCACAGUGGCGACGGAAUCAUAUGGCAAUGCCUUCCCAGAGAACAGCACGGGAGCCCCAGAGAACACCACGGGAGCCCCAGAGAACAGCACAGGAGCCCUAGAGAACAGCACAGGAGGCCCACACAACCAGACGAACAGUUUGGACGCGGAGCUGCCGGAGCUGGACAUGUUCUACACCAUCAGCGAGAUCUUGGUGGCCAUCAUUGCCGUCAUCGGCAACGCUCUCACCAUCACCGUCUUCGCAGUAGACCGGAAACUACGCCGCCUCACAAACUACUACAUUGUGUCCCUGGCGCUGGCUGACCUUUUGGUGGGGGUAUUGGGUAUUCCCUUCGCCAUUCUGACGGCGAUAGGGCUGCCGCAGCCGCGGUGGGCUUGUCUGCUGAUGCUGUCGACGCUGCUGAUGCUGUGCACCAUCUCCAUCUUCUGCCUGGUGGCCGUUAGUGUGGACCGCUACUGGGCCAUCCUUCACCCGCUCCGCUACUCCAGGGUCAUGACCGCCAAGAUUGCCAGACGCAUCAUCCUGGCGUGCUGGGCCUCGGGGACACUAGUGGGCCUGCUGCCCACCAUGGGCUGGCACGAGCAUGACGACCACGGACUCUGCCUCUUCCGCAAGGUGAUGGACUACGACUACCUCGUCUUCCUCUACUUCUGCACCAUCGUCGGCCCGGGCAUCCUCAUGGCCGUCUUCUACACCCACAUCUACACCGUGGUCCUCAAGCAGCUUCGUCAGAUCGCAGCCCAAGAGCCCCAGGCGGACGGAGCCUCGCUGGGCACUCAGAGCAGCCAGAGGCAGCGCUCCAGCUUCUUCAGGAGUGCGAGUCGAGGUCAGGUGAGCGAGUCGUCCUCCACCAGAUACGACCAGCGCCGCUGCAGCACCGCCACCAACCUCGGCCAACAGCUGCCACUUCCAAGGAGCUUCAAAUCCUCUAACAUUAAAAACUUGCCUCAACACCACAACACACUCCACUUCUCCAGUCUUUCCCACAACCUGGAGGAUCUCCAACUGUCUCCUUCCUACCACUUGAAGCUUCCCCAGUCAGGUCUCCAUCAUAGCUACGACUGUGAUCUCCACCAGCACCACCCAGAGGAGACCCUCCACCAUUACCUGCUACGCCUCCAUUUCGAGGGAGCGCUGAAGAAGAGCGCAGAGGAACUCCACUUUGACAAUGGUGAUCGCAUAGACAACUCCGCCGCUGAAGAGAGUCGCACCUUGAACGAGGAGAGAUGCGCGAGUUUCGGCACCAGCGUAAGUUGCGACGGGAACAUAGAUAGGUGCAACAGUCGCGGCGCGAGUAUAGAGAGGUGCGCAAGUCGCGGCUCGAGCACAGAGAGCUGCACGAGUCGAAACCACGACCUUCCCUUCCUGACGCAGGGCAGAACGCCUAUAAUAGUGGUGGACGCGGAGAGGAGGCUUCACGCCAACGGAGCUGAUGACUUAGACGACAGCUGCGUCAGACCCAGCUGGAAGAGGCUGGUGGAAAGGAUGAUAAAGAGGAGUCGGAGAAGGAAGGAGGAAGCAGAGGUUGCGAUGAGCCCCACAAGAGUAGGGAACGAGGAAGAAUCGAGGCGAGGCAGUACCCUCUCGCACGUUCUUCACCAGGUCAGUCAUCAGGUAACACAGGCCAGUCGAAGGGAGGUGAAGGCUGCCAAGAGCCUUAGCAUCAUCGUCCUGUUCUUCAUGGUGAGUUGGUUCCCCCUCUACACCAUCAACUGCGUCCAGGCCUUCUGCAAGCAGUGCGACGUACCCAUAUUCCUCAUGUCCUUCACCAUCAUCCUCACACACCUCAACUCGGCCAUCAACCCCUUCCUCUACGCCUACCAUAUGAAGGAUUUCCGCAACGCCCUGAAAGCCUUCAUCUUGCACCGACUGCUUCGACGGCCGAUAGAUCCGGAUUAUGGAUAUGGCCGCACCUUGGUCUCGGCGAACUACUCCAACAUCUACCGGGUCAACCAGGCCGGCUCCACCCACCUGCCAAGCCCACAGCCGCUCCUCGCUUACAACACGCCGCCUCUCCCAGACACACCCUUGGACGAGCUCAGGUCGCGGUCCUCUACAAUUGGCAGCUAUGGUCCUCUUUCCUCCAAUCGUAAUUUGUCGCCCUCUUUAUCCUUUCCUCCUUCACCAGCCACUGUUAUGACCAUAGGUGAUGGAGUCCAGGAGCUUUCCUCGUGUGCCUCACGCCCUAGGGCUGCGACCAUCACCUCCCACACGUCUCCAGCCUCGGCUACAAUACCUCUAAUCUCCACAGACGAGUCUUCACAGCCGCUGCUCUCGUCGUCUGUGACAAUGAAUGGCCCACGGCAGCAACCUGAAACAAACGGGGUUCGUCGCGCCUCCACGCUGCCUCCGCUUUCAUCACAAUCUUCGGAUAUGACGGCCACCUCUCUCAACAUCCUGCCGCACUCUGACCGGGAGAGCAGCUGUGAGGCUAACAUUAAUCUUACAACGAGUGAUACCAGUUCAGCAUCAGCUCUCAUCUCUGAGACAAUCUGCAACGGUGCUCGAGGGGAUGUGAGUGAUGCGGUGAUACCAGAAGCAACCACCACAACAUCGUUGCAGACAACUAGCUCUAACUGUUCGAGUCUGGCUUCAAGACACAAGAUAGACCAGAAGGAAAAUGUCCAGUCUUCAGAGCCAUGGUGUGGCGGCGGUGAUGGUGCUGCCCGCUCCUCCAUGUACUCUUCUCACACCUGCAGCUCUACCCUCUCCAGCAGUGACACAUACAGUGGCAGCUUGGCAAAAGAAGCAUUGUUAAUUCCUCCGUGCAAAGAACAGUUGAAUACGUCCACUUCAAAUGAGACAUUACUAGCGUGCCGUGCAUUUGACGGAACCAGUAUUUCUAACCAAAGUAUUCCAAUAUGUGGAAGCAAUGAAGAAAGUGUAGGGAUGGUGGAGUCGCCCGAGCUAUUUACACAACAAGAGGGAGCAGCUCAAACACAAAUCAGGGAAGUGGCUCUGGCAGACGACCACGUUGUCCUCAUUAACCAGACCUCCCUCCCAAUCCCUAAUGGGAGUGCUUGUAAUUUUUCAGCUAGACCAGUGGAUGGGGACAACUGUACAUCACAGAGUGACGAUAACUCGUCAGGAUGCGAUGCUUCCACUCUACCUUGUUUAGGGUCGAGCACGGAGGAGCAGAGGGCGAAGACGUGCCGAGAGGAGGACCCCAGUUGCCGGGCGGCUGCCGGCUGGACCACAGAACAGUCGCGCGUGUCUAAGGAACUCAGUAAAUAUCUCCCGAAAAUAUUAAGGAGAGAAAGUGGACUCAGGAGUAAAAAUUCAAGAAAAAACAAGAGUUGGUGGACAGAGUUGAUGAGGCAGAGAUCUUACCACGGCAUCUCCUUGGAAUUAAAAAGUUCAAAGCACGUGGAUCGGGCGCAGAGCAUCAGUGGUGCCAUAGAAACUUAGUAGCCCCGUGUUUGAUAUACUUAAUGUGUGUUUCACCAAUAUAUGUUCUUUGUAUCUUCAGGAAGUACGACCGUCAGCACUAACCCACCACGUCAUUUUGAUAAGUGCACUGUUUGCAUCGAAAUCUGGUUCUAUUUGAAUUUUGACAAUAUUCAGAUUAUCUUAUCCAAACAACUCAUAUUAUGCUCACUUAUUCAAGCCACUCAUUUGACCUGCUUAUUCACUAACCCAUCCGUCGGCUCAUCCUCAGAACUUUGACUGAACUUUGUGUAAACAAAACUUCGUUCACUCCCUGUGUUCCAAGCACCUCUCUAAAUGCUUCACCCUUGUACGGUAAAUACAAUUAAUAUAACCUACUAUACUAAGCUUUACUAUACAUAAAACUAUAAUAUAUAUAACAAUGUUAAUUUAAAUGGGAAUAUAUUUUUUGAUUACAUACUACAGGAAAAUUUACGAAGGUGCCUUUGGGGAUGGCCACAAAUAUAGUGUAGUAAAGCAAUAUUUAUUCAAUGUUUAUUAUUAUUAAUUGCAUGUUUAGUAUUAUUUACAUAGGCCUAGUCAGGUUAGGGUAGAUAAUUUGGUUGUAUUGGUAAUUAUUUGUGUCUAAGAGUACAUGGGUGAAGCAUUAGAGACGUAUACGUUAAACAUAGAAAACUUGGAGCAUAAUCAUUUGAGUCAUCGUGUAAAAUGCUCUUCAUUCGCAGAGAUAAUGAUGAGCUUUUUGGCCAAUAUUUUGAAGGCCAUUGAUAACCUGUUCUCAGGCUUGGCUCGUUAAAGCAGCGUCAUUCCCCAAAGACAUUCAUAAUUUUUAAGGUAAUGAAUGUUUAAAACAGGUUCUGAUAUAUAUAUUAAUUAAUAUUAUAUGAAAGUUCUAUGUAAAGCAACCCGUUUUCAGACCAAGUCCAUUCCAAACAGCAGUUGACCCCAAAGACGCAUUCAUCAAUUUUAACAUGUUGUUAAUUCAAAACAGAAUUUUUCUCAAAUAUAAAUUAGUAUUAUUAUAUAUUAGCAU